AUGAAGAAGAAGAUGGCCAGGGAUGGCAGCAAUGCAGCAGCAGCGGAGGAAUUGGCCGUCGGUUGCUUCGUCUCCAUCAAGACCACCUUGGGCGACAACUUCCAGGGCCAGGUCAUCACCUUCGACCGCCCCUCCAACAUCCUCAUCCUUCAAGAGGGUUUGAAAGGAGGGCCUAAGCGGAACAUCAGGCUACUCAAGGCCAACUAUAUCAAGGAGUUGAGCUAUUUGGGUCAAGCUGAAGACCCACUUGACAGUAAGAACUGUUACCUUGAUCUUAAUAGUCUCAGAGCCAGAGAGGAAUCAGCUAUCAGACAAGCAGAGGCAGAGUGUGAGAGGAUCGGAGUUGGUGUCACCAGCCAGGCUCAGAACAUUUUCGAUGCCUUGUCUAAGACGUGAGUGCUUUGCUCUUUCUUCUUAAGUGUGAUGAAUGAGGUUCGUGUAAGCAGUCCAUAUCUUCCCGAGUCUGUCAGUGGAGGAACUCCUGCUGCCCAUGAUCGGGUGAAGAAAGUGCUUGAGUUGGAGAAGACUUUUCCCUCAAGGGAUAAGUCAUUGUGGGUAUCUUUGUUUUCUGAGCAUGAACUCGAAAAGAGUAGUUUAUUUGCAAAUGUGGGAGACAUGCUUUUUAAGCAUGAACUCGAAGAACAAGAAUACUUCAACCAAGCUGAAGCAAUCUUGGUGAUUUCUUCCUCAUAUAAAUAUACAGGUUCUGUGGUUAUUGUUGCUAUUGAGUAUAGUUUGAUUUUCAAUCCUUUGGUUGUAAAAGAGUUGGUCCAAUACUUUUAA